AACGAGGGUUCACACGAGAACCCAUUUGAGAAACCCAGUCGUGCAUGCACUUUCGGCCUCACCAUUGCUGGUGUGGUGUGUCCUUGCAUGCCUUGGUUUACUUUGAGCUACUACUAGCUUGGAGAGGUGGUCGUCCAUGGAGGCCAAGAGGCGGCGGCGCGGCGUGCUGGACCUGGAGGCGCAGUUCGCCUUCUUCCGGUCGCAGCACCGCCACCCGGUGAACGCCGCCGCGCACGCGCUGCUCGCCGGGCCCAUCCUCUUCACCAACCUCCUUAUCCUCCACUUCCUGCCGCUGCCAGUGCCACUCGACCCGGCGCUCGCCCUCGCCCUCGCCUACGCCGCCUCCUACCUCGCCGUCGACCGUCGCGCCGGGGCCCUCGCGGCGCUCCUCUUCCUCGGCGCCUGGACCGCCAGCCGCGCCCUCGCCGCCCGCCUCGGCUUCGCGCUCUCCUGGAAGCUCGUGCUGGCCACGCAGCUCUUCUGCUGGACCUGGCAGCUCCUCGGCCAUGGACUCUUCGAGAAGAGAGGGCCGACAGUGAGAGAACUUCCCGAGGUGUUCCUCGUGGAGCCAUUCCUCAUCCUACUUCAGAUACUCAACAAACUGUUUGGCUAUGAGCCGUACCCUGGAUUCGGCAAGAACGUGGAUAAGAAGAUGGAGGAGCUCAAGGAGAGGAAGAUCAACUGACCGGACAUGUUCCGGUUGAUUCUAUAAAAGUAGCUAGCAAACUAUAUAUGCCUACCAUUUGUGCUGUUUGUGCAUGUUAUCUUAGAUAUUGUGCUAUCGAACUUUAUGAACACACGAUGAUGUUGUGGUAUUGAUGCCUCGUGUGCCAGUCGCCGGGAAGGAGAUGCAUCCAGAUUUUAGUCGCUGAAAUGUUUCUCAUGUAUACAAAAAUAUACAAUGUGUAUGAGAAAGCAUACCAUGUA